AUGGGGAAAAUUUUUGUGAAGGUGGGUAAUAGGCUUUUAAAUGUUGUAAGUGUGCUUAAUAGGUCUUGUGAGAGAGAAAAUUGUGAAGGUGAGCUUUUUAGGGUGAGAUUGGGUGACAUUUUUAUAGAGCCUUUUCAAGGUAAUUUAGCAAAAUUGAAGUGCUUGGACGUUGUUUUAGAGAAUGCAUAUCAGGAAAAUAAAUAUGAAGAAAAUAAAUCAAAAGAGCCUCAGAAAGUUGAUUCUUUCCUUUCAAAGAAGUCUUCAAGUGGGAUGACCAGACCUGCCUCUCGAGAACCAGAGAAAACCCAAGCAGCAGACCAAAAGAGUGAGAGUGAUACUAAGUCUCUUGUCCAAGUGGUUUUGAAGAGGGUUAAAACUCAUGGGCUUAAGUGGCCUUAUCAUCCAGUACAAGUCUUGUCCUGGAUUUUCUAUGUUGUAAAUCUAGGCAGUUACUAUGUGGUCAUCCUUCCAUGCAUCCUGUCGCUCUCUUUCGUGACAAUAUUUGUUUUGUCAAUCGUAUACGCAUUCAUUAACAUUGGUGUGCUAUUUUACGCAAUCAAAGCAAUGUGGUGCAACCCGACAGAUUUAGAAGUUCUGAAGAGUAGAGAACUUAUGAGCAAAGGAAUUAUACCUGAAAAAGGUAAACUGACAUUCUUUUGCCAAGUUUGAGAAUCAUAUGUGAGUGAGAGAUCAAAGCACUGUGGGAGUUGAAAUAGAUGUGUUGAAAACUUUGAUCAUCAUUGAAAAUGGCUAAAUAAUUGUAUCGGAGGAAAGAAUUAUAAGACCUUCAUCCUCUUAAUAAUCUUGGUUGGAAUUCAAACAUGCUACUAUACUAUAUCUGGUAUUCUCUAUACAAUCCUAGGGUUUAGAAAGCAUCCAGAUGAUUCUGAAACCUCUCUUUGCUUAAUUGAGCGUGAUGAUCACAAGCCCACAGCUAUUCUAGUAACUUGCCUCGUUCUAGCUACCACUGUAGUCAGCUUGCUUCUCUCUAUUGGUAUCUUCAUGUUACUUAAGCUGCACUACAAGCUUAGUAAAUAUUCCUUCACAACUUAUGAAUACCUGAACUAUACUCAUGAGAGGAAGAGCAGGCUCCAAAGACUCAAGCAAGGGUACAUCACAAAACAGAAGUUUGAUGAGCUAGAGCUCAAGGCUAAAUAAUAAGGCAUUCAAGAAAAAAUCCAAGGUGCUUCAGGAAGUUGAUGGGCCCAUGGCACAGCAGACUAUUGCAGCAAAGAUGAUGAAGAAACAAGAAGAGGCCAAAGGUAGUAUAGCCAAAGAAUUACACUUGAACUCAAAAGGAAAGGAUAAAAUGGUAAACGAGACAGAACCCCAAAUGAGAGAUCUGGGCACAGACCAUCCUUGUGAUAACGCAUUGGAGGAGAACGAUCUUGUCUUUGGAAAGAAAACUACUCAGAAAUCCAACAACUUCUGGUGCUCAUCAGUGUUCUGUAUACCUUGUACUAGAAGGGUAAACGAAGAUCAAAACGUUGUGCACCGAAAAGAUGAUUUACAUGAGGACUCAAAGGAAAGUCUCAUGAAAACAAUAAUUAAUAACGACUCUACAAAAUCUAAGAGACAGAAAAACAGUAAAUUCCUAAGAACUGAAGAGAGCUACAAGCCGUGCUCUGAUGAUGAAGAACCAGAAGAUGAUCAAGAAGAAUUCAAAGCAGAUCAUUUUCGAAGGGAACCCUUGGACCUUCCUCACCAAAGCUUUAGUAGCAAGAAGGAAGAGCAAGCUAAUACUCUAGAGAUCUUCCACAAUCAAGGAAGAGAUAUUGAGAAUUCUAUAUCUAAUAAGAGUAUUGGCAGUAGCAUCAUUGAGAGAAGAGUAGGGUUCAAACAUGAAGAAGAGAUGAUUUACGAUUAUAAAACUGAGAAUUAUAAAAAGACAAAUGAUAGGAUGGAACUCACAAAGAAACAGAGGCUUCCACCUUUGUCACAGCAUAACAACUUUCUUGGUGACUAUAAAGACCAAUUUGUUCAUAAAUCUUUUCAAAGAAAUAGUCCAAGAAUGGACUUAUUGUACAAAAGUAGUGAAGAAAGUCAUCGUGAGUCAAGACCUUCGACAGAAAUGUAUGAUCACAAAGGAGCUGAACUAGAUGUUUAUUGUAUGGAUAAAAUUGAGGAGGAAAGCCCCAGUUUGUACAAUAAGAAGGUUAAUGAGUAGGAUGUUUUAGAUAUAUAUUGCUUCAA